AUGACCGACCAGUGCCAGAUUCUGCUGGUCCCCGGCCCGGAACGAGUCAUUCACACCCCCGGUAUCCUUUACCAAGGAAAGACUGACCAGAUUACCAGACACUGUACUGGAACACCUGACUGUAUGAAAGCUUGUGGUGUUCGCCGGACCUUACCAGACUGGCAAUUUCAACAGCUCCACACCCGCAAAGGUAGUCGACCAUGGCUUUCACGACUCCUUCCUUACUCUUAUCAAGUCAUCAGCUGGGACGAGGGUGGUCACACGCCUACGUAUAUGGUGACGACCAAUUUCGAAGACAACUCGGUCCCAACUACGCUCGUUCAUAACCGUAAGCUUUGUCCUUGUGCUAAUCCCACAUGCUUGAGUCAUGAUGUUGUGAUGCUGACUGAAGUUCCUCAGACACCGGAAAUAGGCAAAUUGGACCCAGAUUGGCGUCCCGACUCAUGA